AUGGACCACUCAGCGCCUUUCGCUCAUCAUCACCAGCAGCAAAACCAGCCAACUUCUUUCGAAUCCGAAAAAGUCGACUAUGGCUUUGACAGUUUGCUCGGUCACGAUACAUGCCUGACACAUGGUCUCGAUUCUCUCGGUACCUGCAACAACACUGAGAACGCUUGUCUCGACCAACGCUGUUUUGACCACUAUGGUAAAACUGCUACCACCAAGAACGCUCUUGACAUCGGCCUCGAUCUUAAGAACGGUACUGAUACGGUCUCUCAGCGCCAUGACCAGGUCAACAGCACCCGUUCCACAAGGGCAAAAAGCCGUAGCCAACCAAACAUAUCCAAUUCUCCUGCAAGAACAUUGUCUACUGCGGCAAUGAGAGUCUCAGCGCACCGACAAAAGCGAAGGAGACAGUCUGAGCAGACGCAUCAGUAUCAUAAACAACUGGAAUAUCCGCAGUCUUCGCAUGUGCAUCAAAUGCACUCUCCUCAUAGCAUUCAACAGGAUCAGAAUCUCCAGCAUAUCGACCCCACAGCUGUUCUCCAGACCGUCAACGAGAAUCUGCAGCACAACUUCAACAUGCCACUGUUAGACAGCCAACAUACAUCCUUUGGAGAAUUCCAACACCAAAACCAUGCAUUCCCAGUGCCCAGUCUCUAUGAUCGUUGGCCACAAGCCAUUGCUCCCUCCUGGGCCAACAUGAUGGGACAGGCCAGCGUCGCCAAUUGCAUGCCGAUGCCGUGGACACAACAUAUGGGAUGCAACAACGCCACCUCUGUUGACUGCACUUCUGCGUGCGGCGACGCCAAAUGCUGGAGUCAAUGUGGCGACGGAGAUCAUGCGGACUGCUGCUUCGAUACUUCUUGUGACGAGUUUGAUUUCUCCCAUGCUGCUUGUUGCUUUGAACCCACUUGUGCUGCCCUUGAGCCAUGCCUUGACACCUCUUGCCAGGAGGCCGCAAUCCCCUGCAACGAUUCCCAUUGCGUGAGCACCACCGUGUCAACCACUCCGGCGUCUGUGUCUGUUACAACACCCUCGGCAGAGCCUGAACCCGUGGUCAAUACCCUAAUGAGUCCAGUCGAACCAGGCCAGGGCGUUCCUUUGGAUAUUGACUCCGUGAUCGGGCAGGACUUUGGCCAUUUCUCUCAUGAAAUCGGACCUAGUUUUACUGAUGAUCUCAACCAACACGUCGGAAACCUUGCAAGGCGUCCAAGUGGCCCAGGGCUAAGCCACAAUGGCGCCUUUUCCAUGCCCUCACAAUCUCCCACACCGAAAACCGAGUUGGCUGAGAAGCAAGCUAUAAAGGGAGAAGCCGAGUUCACCUGCCAAUGGCUCUGUGAGGGAGAUGGAGUCCUCUGUUCCAAAAGGUUUGGAAGUAAUAAAGAACUCCAGGACCACUGUAAGAAUGAGCAUGUCAAGACUCUGCAGAAGGGCGAAAAUGGGUUUUGCUGCACAUGGUACGCUUACAAACCCGUCAAAUGCGAGAUUUGCGGCAUAAUGCUUUCAGCAAAGCAAUCUCUGGAGCAGCACAUGCGUACCCACUCUGGAGAGAAACCAUGGAAGUGCGAUCGUCCGGGGUGUGAGGCGCGGUUCAAACAACAGAGUGCUCUUACCAUGCAUAUGCGCACGCAUACAGGAGAGAAGCCUUUGCAGUGCGAAAUCUGUGGUAAGCGGUUCGGCGAAUCCUCCAAUCUAUCCAAGCACCGUCGCACGCACAAUGUUCGUGGUAACCACGUUUGUGAGCACUGUGGCAAAGACUUUCAUCGGCUGGAUCAACUUCGUCGGCAUCUGCAGACUCAUCUGCAAGAUGGCGGCCGCAAGACUAGCAAAAGCUCAUGA